AUGUCACUUCUCAGACUGCCUCCCGAGACUCUAACCCAAAUCUUUAACCAACUGGGCUCAGCCUUUUUCCAAAAGGACAUAGGCCGCCUUUUCAUAUGCAAGCAUUGGUUCGAAUACGCUCUUCCUGUUUACUUCAAAUGUAUCACCUUAUCUCAGCAAACACUGUCAAGUCUAGCCGCCCCUGGGAUGAUUGAGCGCCAGUCUUCACUCAAGGCCAGUCUGGAAGCUCUUAAGCUCGAACUAGGCGGCUAUUAUGCUUAUCUCCGCCUCACACACUCAACGCAUGGCAAUGACUCAAACGCUUUGGGAGUUACUGCUCCGAAUGAUGAGCCCACGGCCAACACGAGCAUGACGACAUGGAAAGACUCCUUGGACAAUGCCCUAAAGCAACUUUCCAGCAUAACACAGCAGUCUCACAAGCUGCGUACCUUUCACAUACGAGCCUGGAAUUAUCCUUCACCGAACCCUCUCGAUAGCCCCGAAGACUAUCUGUCAUUGCCUACAAUAAAAGCGUUGCUAUCAGUGGAAAGCUUGAGCGUUCUAGUUGUAGAUUUAACUGUCGGCCUCAUGGACUCACCUGGAGAGCAAGAAAACGCCUAUCAUAUAUGCCCAGCUAUUGGAACCCUUCUUUCAACUCUUCGGACCCUUCAUCUGCGCAUGCGCACUAUUUGCCCGGAGGUUUUAAAGCUCCGAGAUUCAAAAGACAGUCUAAGACUGAGUGAGGUGGUUAUCAAUCUGAGUCUCAUGACAGACGUAGCAGAAACCACAUCUGCAUCGCACUCGCAACGAUGCAAGCCCCAAGACGAGGGCCUGCCGGCACUCAAGGCAGACAUUCGUGAACAGGUAGAAGCUCUCGCAAGCCGAAUGGCAUGUCCCAAGCUCAUAAGAAUCCUAACUCAUUCACUUCCGCAAUUUGAGCUUCAGUCCUUGGAUGUAUUGACUGGCAAGACUAUGAUACUAGACGAUGAUAUGGCGUGGAAUGACGACGGCAAGAUGAUUGAAGAGGAGUCGGGGUCGGAAUCCGAACUUUCAGAUGAUGAGUUUGAAACUUGGUUAGAUGACUAG